UUAAUUCUAGCUUUAUUGCACGUGCAAAAGCAGCUGAAAUAUGCAACCUAUCAAAUACUACCUCCCGGAUGAGAUCUUUAUCCUUCUGUCAACCCUGGGAUAUGCUCUCUGCGUUCGCAUCCUCGACAUUGACGGACACGAGUGCACUGGGGCUGACAGUAGUGGUCUAAUUCUUUGGCUCUUCCUCGUUGCUAUGUUCGUUGUGGUUUUCGUUUCCAAAUACCUUGACAGUAAAGACAUUGGCAUCUCCCUAGCAGGAGGGUUGAUCGCGUUUUGUCUCGGUCUCGGUCUUCACAAAGGCCCUCUAGACUGUGUGAUUAAAAGCCGUAGAGGUAUGGACUGGGUGAGAAUUCUACAAUCUAUCUUUGUUGGAGUCCCCCUUCUCCUCUACUGUCUGGUUCUCUUCGGAAGACGCAGACUGUAAACAGGAAAAUACGUGACACCCUUAUUAAGAAGUUUCACCGCUGUAACGUGACCUUAUAAGGAUAUCACGUGUUUUUUGUUUUUGUUGGUUAUCUUCUCUGGUCCUCUUUGGAAAACGCAGAGUUUAAAGAAACAGUAUUAAUUUAGGCUACAUUAUGGGAUAUUACAAUUGUAACACUGUAACAGUACCUCAGUAUGUAAUUGUGUGUAUCAGUGUGUAACAGUGUGUAACAGUGUGUAACAGUGUGUAACAGUGUGUAACAGUGUGUAACAGUGUGUAACAGUGUGUAACAGUGUGUAACAGUGUGUAACAGUGUGUAACAGUGUGUAACAGUGUGUAACAGUGUGUAACAGUGUGUAACAGUGUGUAACAGUGUGUAACAGUGUGUAACAGUGUGUAACAGUGUGUAACAGUGUGUAACAGUGUGUAACAGUGUGUAACAGUGUGUAACAGUGUGUAACAGUGUGUAACAGUGUGUAACAGUGUGUAACAGUGUAUAAGAGUAUGUCGAAAUGAUUGCAAUGGAUCAGAAAAUCGCGGUCAAUUUUGUAUCCUGAAACUUAUCCGUCAUUAUGUGUUCAUUCUGCGUUCAUUCACUUCAUUCUGCAUUCAUACACAAUUCAUUCUGCGUUCAUUCACUUUAUUCUACGUUCAUUUUGCGUUCAUUCACUUCAUUUUGUGUUAAUAAUUCUGCAUAUAUUAUGUUUUACCGUAUCUCCGUAAACGUAAGGUUAUAUAUUUGUUUGACUGUGAACUUGUGCUGCUGUACCUGACGCAGCACGUUUUUUAUUGCUUUUUCCUGUUCAAGAAGACAAAAAUGGAAUUUAUUAAUCACUUACUCAUUUUUAUAAAUACAAUUGUAUUUUUGAUAGUAAAACUUUGUCAAUUGUCUAUCGAGUACAAAUUUGUAAAAUUGAAGUGGUAAUAUAAAUAUGAUUAUAUAAGUUCAAUGUGUUAAUAACUUAACUGG